AUCGAUAGAGACGAGACAAGUUCGAUCUCGAAUGUUGUUUCGCAAUUUGGUGCUCCUUCAAGCGUUCGCAACUGGUUUUCGGCGCAGCUCUCCAGCGGCUUUCGCCAGCAGCAGCAGCAGUUCCACAAAAGACGACGACAAAACGAUGGCAAACACAAGCGUUCAUUCGGCCAGCAUCGCCGAAGUGCACGAGAUGCCGAUGGCCGUCAUCAACCGUCCCAUACCGCCGGUGCUGGACGACGCCAAAGUGCAAUCCCUGAUGGAUACGAUUCAGGAUCCCAAUCAGACGGAGGCCGUGCCUCCGAUCGACGUCCUCUGGAUCGAGGGCACCGAAGGUGGUAACUACUAUUACAGCUUCGGCGGUUGUCACCGCUUCGAAGCGCACAAGCGUCUCGGUAAACCGACCAUCACAGCCAAACUGGUUCGAUCGUCGCUAGCGGAUUUGCAGCACUAUCUGGGCGCAAGCUGUCCGAAAGAGCUGAAAUAACCGGAACUACCACCACAAAUCACUCAGUCACUAAUUUGUAAGGAAAUCGUUAAACUGCUUAAUCUUUUUAUCUAGUUUAUUUUUUAUAUAAAAAAAACACUCAAAAUAUAUAUGUACAGCUCC